GUGAUUUUCUUUGUUUUGCAGAUGCGUUUUUGUUCGUUAUGAUGUGCGGAAUGGCUUGCCCGAGACGCAUCCAUCCAACAUCUGAUUGCGAAUUACCUUCGUGAUAAAGUUGCGAUACCCUUUGAGGUAUGUCUCGUAGCUCUUCGAAAUGCAGAACUAGUGCAUUCGGAGUUGUGAACCUUUAAAUAGGCGACAUGGGGGACGAGGAACGAGAAAGACAACUGCGAGAGUUGGAGACUUUGAUGAGGAGUCCCACCUCGCCGCUCUCGACAGAUGGCUUGUUGGACGUGAUCCAGGCGAUCGUGUCCGACUGCGACAAUCCCCAUUUGAAACGCAGCAAGAAUAUCGAGUCAUUCCUCAACCGCUAUAAAGAAUGUGCGGAGCAGAUCGAACGGUUUCGAAUGAAACCCGAAGACUUCCAAGUCAUAAAGGUGAUAGGCCGUGGUGCAUUUGGAGAAGUCCAACUGGUGCGGAAGAGGAGUUCAAGGAAGGUGUUCGCCAUGAAGCGAUUGUCCAAGUUUGAAAUGAUGAAACGCAGCGAUUCGGCAUUUUUCUGGGAAGAACGCGACAUCAUGGCGAAGGCCAAUUCGGACUGGAUCGUCCAACUGCAUUACGCGUUCCAGAAUGACCGCUACUUGUACCUCGUGAUGGAUUUCAUGCCCGGUGGUGAUCUUGUGAACAUGAUGGCCAACUACGACAUGCCGGAAAAGUGGGCCAAGUUUUACUGCGCCGAAAUUGUGCUCGCCGUCGACGCCAUACAUUCCAUGGGCUUCGUGCAUCGCGACAUAAAGCCCGACAAUAUGCUCGUGGACAAACACGGGCACUUGAAACUCGCCGAUUUUGGCACUUGCAUGCGAAUGGAAGAUGGACUCGUGCGGUCCAACACUGCUGUUGGCACCCCUGAUUACAUCUCUCCUGAAGUGUUACUCUCGCAGGAUGGUAAAGGCGAAUAUGGCAAGGAAUGUGACUGGUGGUCCGUUGGUGUAGUUCUCUACGAAAUGCUUGCUGGUGAUACCCCUUUUUACGCCGAAAGUUUGGUCGGAACAUACGGGAAAAUCAUGAAUCACAAGAACUGCCUUACGUUCCCACCUGAGGUGCAUAUUUCUGCAGAGGCAAAGGACUUGAUCUCGCAGUUUCUCACUGACCGCUCGCAACGAUUGGGACGCCACGGUGUCGAGCAGAUACAGGGCCACAAGUUCUUUGCCAACGAUCAAUGGACGUUCGAAACAAUUCGUAAUUGCGUGCCACCCGUCGUACCGGAGCUUUCUUCUGACGAUGAUGCUAGGAACUUUGACGAGCUUGAAAAGGACGAAAAUCCGGAAGAGUUCUUUCAGGUGCCGAAGACGUUUGCUGGCAAUCAGUUGCCUUUCGUGGGAUUCACCUUUUCUUCGGACUACGGGUUCCGGAAUCAGUUGUCGCUGAUUUCCUCAUUGUCGCUCAACAACAAUAACAACAACAUCCGGUCGGACGGCCUGGGUUUAUCGAACGGUGAUGUUGGGUUCACUGGGAAACGCGUGCCCGGUGAUGGGGAGCAGCCCAAAGAAGUUGCUGCUUGGCAACUCAAGUACAACGAAACCCUGGCCGCCAUGCAUAAACACAAGGAAAGCGAAGCGAAGGCGGUGGAAGCGUGUCGACAGCUUCGCGAACAAGUUGCAUUAUCGGACCACGAUUUGAAAGAUGCUCGGAGACGCGUAGAGCAAGAGUCUGAAGCUCGUCGCGGACUGGAGAAGCAAUUUGCCGACGUGUCGCGGAAACUGCAGGAAGAAAUGAGCAGACGCUCGAAGGAGCAAUCGUCUUCUUUGCAGAGCAACGAACGCGUGGGUCAGCUUGAACGCCAGCUUGAAGAAAUCACUCGGAAACUAGCAAUUGAAGGAGACUCUUUGAGCAAAGCGAAGAAAAUGAAUCAGGAAAUGUCUGUUGCGUUGCUCGGGAAAGAACAAGCUUUGGGAGAUGUCCAGAGGAAACUGCAAGCUGCGACAGCGUCUAGCGAAGAGCUGGAGCGUGCGAAUGCAGCACUGGCUGCUCAAGUGCAGUCACUGCGCAGCAAACUCGCGCAAAGCUCCGAACAAGCCGCAGAUUCCGAAGCGAAGAAAUUGGCCUUGUUGGCGGAAGUGGAGUUGAAGAGAUCCCAGGAGCAGGACUUGACCCGGGAAAUGGACAACCUUCGAGCCCAGUUGGUGUCGUUGGACAAGGCUCGUGCCAUGCUGGAAGUGGAGCUGGCUGGGAAUCGACAGAAGCACGCUGACGAGCUGGAAGCCCAGCGUCAGCAGAUUCAGUCCCUGCAACGGGAGCAACACCGAGUGCAGGACCGGGACGCCACCAGGCAUUCUCUGCAGGCCAAACUAGAGCAAGAAACAGGCUUGCGGCAAAAGGCCGAGAGUCUGUGUCAAGAGAAGGAGCGCCAGCUGACGAUGCUGGGUGUGGAUUACCGACAACUGCAGCAGCAGAUUGGCAAGCUGGAGGCCGACGCCCGGAAGGAGCUGGACAAGGCGGCGGCGUUGCAGGGCCAGCUGGACGAGGCGCAGCAGAUGUGGAAGCAGGCCCAGGCCACGUCUGCGAGGAUGCAGCAGGAGCUGGAGGCGGCUCGUUCUGUGGAGGCGGAGCUGCGGCGGCAAGUGGACGCGUUGCGGGACCGGGAAGAGAGGCUGGUGCAGGACGUGGCCGAGCUCCGGUCGGCGUCGAAUAUCGAGCAGCUGCACAUGAAGGAGCUGCAAGACCAGUUGGAGGCGGAGCAGUAUUUCAGCACUCUCUAUAAAACGCAAAUCAAGGAGCUCAAGGAAGAUAUCGAUGAGAAGGCGGCGAGCAUGGGGGAUUGGGCAGCCCGUGCGGAAGCAGCCUCGGCUCAACUACAGGACGUGCUCGCUGCUCAGGAGCAAGAGCAUUCUGCUCGGAAGGCUCUGGAAGAGCGACUCGCGGACUUGGAACGACACCAGAUCCAGUUGGGGUUCGAGCGUCAAAGCGAACUGGCCAAAGUGGAGGCGGAGUUUGAGGCCCGCGAAUCCGAGCUCAAGUUGCGCCACGAACAGACGGAUGCCGAGUCGUGGAAACGCGUUUCCGAGUUGGAGUCGCGUCUGGAACAGGCGACUCGCGAGGCGGCGGACGCCGUGUCGGCUGCCCAGGCUGCAGCUGCUGCCGAGGGCGGUGCGGACGUGGAGACGCUCAAGAAGCUGCGGGCCGAGCUGCACAAGGAGCAAAUGCUGAAGCAGCAGGCUGUCAACAAGUUGGCGGAAGUGUUGAACCGGAAGCCCGUGACGAGGCCCAAGGGCAACGCGGAGAGUCGCAAGAAGGACAAGGAAUUCCGCAAGUUGCAGCAAGACCUGAAUCAGGAGCGCGAGAAAUUUCAUCGGGACACGGAGCGUCUGCAAAAGGAGAUUCAAGACGUGCAAUCCGCGUUGCAAGAAGAGGCGCAGAAGGCGUUGAGGAUGAAGAUGGAGAUUGACUCGAAGGACUCUGAAAUUGAGUCGUUGAGGUCCAGACUAGCCUUGAUGAACUCGGAAACUGGGUCCAUGAGUUCCGGCACUGGGGAGGACUCGGAAGAGCAACAGCACAAGGAGCAACAGCUGAACGUUGCUGACGCCAACAGUCGACUCGAGGGAUGGCUCAUGUCGCCAAUCAAACAGAAUUUCCGCCGCCACGGGUGGAAAAAGCAGUUUUGCGUCGUGUCUUCCAAGAAAAUUCUGUUUUACGAAUCGGAACAGGCGAAGUGUAAUGUAAUUAUGUGGGUUGGGAUUGUGCAGAAGAAGCAGGCGCAGGACCCGUCGUUGGUGCUGGACCUGGACAAGCUGUUCCACGUGCGAUCAGUCACCCAGGGCGACGUGAUCCGGGCAGAGUCGCGAGACAUCCCCAAGAUCUUCCAAAUCCUGUAUGCGGGCGAAGGAGAAGCGCGGAAGGGGGGUCUGGGUGAGGACGGGAGUGGGACAGGAGGGGAUGACGGCAGCGGAAGCGACGGAAAGCAAAUGGCCGGCACCAUCACCAUGACGCACAAGGGCCACGAGAUGGUGCAAAUCACCUUCCAUAUGCCGACCAACUGUGACGUGUGCGCCAAGCCCGUGUGGUCCAUGUUCCGGCCCCCGGCUGCUUUGGAGUGUCGUCGGUGUCACGUCAAGGUGCACAAGGACCACGUGGACAAGAAAGAAGACUUGAUCGCGCCCUGCAAAGUCACUUUCCAGGACAGUGCCAAAGAGCUGUUACUGAUGGCCAGCUCGGAGGCGGACCAGCGCAACUGGGUUACCAAGCUGAGCAAGAAAGUGCAGAAGGGCGGCUACAAGGCGCACAGGGACCACAUGUUGCACCAGGACCAGCAACUGGGUCUGUUGGCCAACAAGUCUGCCACGCUCCCGUCGAACACCCACCUCAUGUCCAGCGGAGGGAAACAAUGAAACACGUUUUCGUGUUUUUCUUGCAUGAGUCAAAAUUUAGCAAGUAAGCUAGCCAUGCUUGGGAUGGGACAUUGGGAGGGCAAAUCAGAAAGAAUUUACAUUCCGGAAACAGGUGGGCACCUUAUUGCUCAGCGGGUGGAUUUUCUGUUUUUCUUUUUUUUGUACUGAAACAGGCUUGGAAUUCUAAAAUGAGUACUCGUGAAUUUAACCCUGGGGUUGUUUUUGCCAAUGCUGCAUUUUUGUUACUACAGUACUACAAUACAGUACUACUAAAAGGCUCUAAAACUCCAGAUUAGAUUUUUUGACUGAGUCAGUCUUGGAAGUAAAAUCAACCUCUGGCUUUCAAAAUUUUUUUUUUUUUUUUUUGGCCUAGUAUUCGUUGAGUCGAACAGAAAGAAAACUGAAGAAUUUCUGAUUUUUGUCUU